CUCUCGUCCAGGCCGACCCCCCAAACGGUGUUCAGGUGCAGGGAUCCAGGAAAGCCCCCGGCUGCUGCACCCGGGACUCCCCGGCUUGCUGUCCCCCAACCUGCUGUCCCACACCGGCCUGACUGCAGCAGCCAUGGCCGAGCUCCAAAAGCUACAGAAGAUGAAGAUAAUGAUGAGCCUCCAGAACGGCAACGAGUCGGACAACGACGAUUUACACUCCAACACAGGAGGGAGCGAGUGUUCCUGGGAUAAAGAGCGUCUGACCAGCCCCCCUGCUGGAGCCCACAGCGGAGGACCGGGAGGAGGUGGAGGAGCACCGGCAGUGGGAGGAGGAGGGGGAGGAGGUGGUGCGGCGGGAGGUCCCGGGAGGGGGCCCACCUUAGGAGCUGUCAAUCAACAGCAGCUCCAGCAGCAGCAGCAGCAGCAGCAGCAGCUACUGGCCAACCGGUUGGACCUGCCGUUCAUGAUGAUGCCCCACCCUCUGCUGCCCAUGGGGCUCCCGCCGGCGUCCGUCGCCAUGGCCAUGUCCCAGAUGAACCACCUCAGCACCAUAGCGAACAUGGCGGCCGCGGCCCAGCAGAUACACACCCAUGUACACCGCGCACCUGUCAUCAAGGAACGAGUGUGUGACAGUCCCUCUCUGUCUCCAUCUGUCGAUGAGAACAACACUCCUCUGCAGUCGCAGCCCAGCAGCUCGGCCUCCAGCUCCCCUGAAAGACUCGGACUGGUGUCAGCUGAUGCUGACGUUGCACUGACCAACUCUGCUGCUCCCAUCAAGAAAAUAACCAAGGACAAAGAAGAGUCUCCGCUGGGUCAGAACCUGCCGCCUGGAUUUCCUGCUCCGUUCCUGUUUGCUGACGGCCUGUCGUCAGUGGAGACUCUGCUCACCAACAUUCAGGGCCUGCUGAAGGUGGCGGUGGAGAACGCCCGGGCGCAGGACAAACAGAUCCAGGCGGAGAAGAGGGAGCUGAAGAUGGAGCUCUACAGAGAGCGAGAGAUGAGAGAGAGUCUGGAGCGACAGCUGAACUCAGAGCUGCAGAGCAGAGCCUCCAUCCAGAAGCGGCUGAAGAAGGAGAAGAAGGCCAAGAGGAAGCUGCAGGAGGCGCUGGAGUUCGAGUCGAAGAGGAGGGAGCGGGUGGAGGACGCCCUGAAACACUCGUCCUCGUCCUCCCCGUCCCCGGAGCCGCUGCACCCCACCAACAACAACACUCUGAAUGAGGCUGCUGCAGCCGAAGACAAACCUGAACUUAAUGGAAACCAGCAAGACAACGGCGCUGUACAAGGUACAGGAAAAACACACAACACACCCUCACACAUGUCACGUAUUAACAGAUACAAAACUGUACAGCUCCCCGACACACACAUGGCUGGCACAUGUGUGUGUCGGGGCCCCUGUUAGAUUAGUGGAGACAUUAGGCAGACAUCGUGGCCUCCCUUUGAUGUGCACCUCAGACACACAUGUGAUGUGUGCUAAUAGUUCAUUAAGUUUUUGUGUUUAUGUGGAUCUUAGUGAGGACAGCAGGCGGGAACA